AUGAAUUCCUUUCGAGGACCCUUUGUGGGUAACGGCAGCUCAUCUGACGAUGAGCCAACAAUUGCCAUGAAGCGAACGCGCACCCAGCAGCCAAAUGUCUCGGUAAUCGCUAUGCUCAAAGCUCUCAUACCAGCAGCCCUGCUGAUACUCGUCGUCUUCUGGAUCAACGCAGCUCACAUAUACGGCCUCUUCAGGAACCAAGGAGCCCAUGUCAAAGGAGCUCGAGUCGCGCUGGCGGACUUUGAUGGCGGCGACUUUGGCCACACGCUUCGAACAGCAGCAGCGAUGAAUAGCGGAAAAUACGGAUUUCCGACCUAUGUCAGCAUCGACACCGUAGACUCCGAUCCGGAAAACAUCAGGCGCGAGGUCUUUGAAGGCAAGUACUGGGCGGCUAUUGUUGUUCAGCCUGGGGCCUCGGCGCGCUUUGAGGAUGCACUGAAUGGCACUGCAACAUCCUAUGACGCUCGCGAUGUUUACACAUACUAUACUUUGUCAGCAAGAUAUUACUCCUUGUACGUUCCAGGCAUACAAUCUACGACAGCCACAAUAGCAUCGACAGCAGCUACACUGUUCAGCCAAGAGGUCGUCGCAGAACGCAUAGCCACCGGCACCUUCGCAAACACCACAGCCGCCGCAAGUGCUCUCGCUCAGCCCGUACAAGCAGUCAGUCGCAGUGCAGCAUCGCAGGACUACGCCGACCUGGACACCAAGAUCUUCAUCAACACCCUAGGUGCAAUCCUGCCCAUAUUGAUGCAAUUCUUCUUCAUCAUGGCUUGGAAUGGAAUUUGCAAUGGCAUGCACUUGUACGCCGGCUACACGUUAAAGAGACACAUCAUCUCCCGCCUCUUCUGGAGCAUAACGUUUCCUUGUCUCAGCAGCCUCUGCGUCACAGGAUGGACCCUUGCCUUGCGCGGCCGAUACCACAUCAACGCCCGAAUCUUUUUUGCUUACUGGACCGUCACGUGGGUCUACAGCAUGAUAUCCUUUGACAUCCUGGACAUCAUCACCGGCUUCCUACCCAUGCCUUUCGUCCCCUUUCUCAUGAUCAGUUGGGCCAUUUUCAAUGUGGCUGCUGCCCUGGGCACUACGGUAAAAAAUUGUUUACUGUAG